GGUCAAUCCAAUAUCGACUCCAGUAUCCGGAAUUUGCAGGUCAUCUUCAGUUAUAUAUUAAACUCCUCCGAGAUAAUGCAGAGAUCUCUAUAACGACAUCGUUUUCCAGCACAGAAAUACAUCUUAUGGAGUCUGAGUUGCAAAUGUCCGUCAUUCAAUAUACAGUUUUUUGCUGAUAGAAGGACAAUGCUAUAACAUAUCUAUACCAAAUCAAGACUACUACUUUGGAAAUAUCUUCAAGGCAUUUAAAAUACAUAAGAAUGUUUGUCUGUUAGAUGCAAGGCAGGUUUCUCAACUCUCAUCUCAUCCACACUGGCUUCCCACAUGGCUCCAAUUGUCGCAAAGAAGACUCACGAAGGACCAUCACAGAAUUCAUUGUCACCAAGGCAACACAAAACAUUCACCUUUGAGAUAAAGGAGACAUUUGUGCGGCAAAGUGUUAUGAUGUCACUUUGGUUUGCCUUCAGUUUUGGUUCUAUUAUAUCAAACAAGUACAUUUUAUCAACACUAGAUGGCGAUGCUGGCAUACUUGGAGAAACCCAGAUGGUGUGUUCUGUGCUUUUUGGAGCACUCAAGAUGUAUCUGCCAUGUUGUUUGUUCCAUCGGACUUCAGGCCAUCAUCAAGAUGGACAUAGAUUUUAUUUUUUUCGUAACAUGGCAAUUUUGGGUUGGAUGAGGUUUGCAACAAUAGUGUGUUCCCUCAUUACUUUGAAGUAUGUAGCUGUUUCUUUCUCUGAAACUAUUAAGUCUUCUGCACCAAUUUUCACUGCAAUAAUUGCUUGGCUUAUGCUAGGGGACAACUCAAGUCUAUUUGUAAACCUUUCUCUUAUUCCCAUUAUGGCUGGCCUCUCACUUUGUACCGCUACUGAGCUCAGCUUUAACAUGGUUGGAUUUGUUUCUGCUCUUUUGAAUAACGUUAUGGAUUGCUUUCAGAAUGUUUUUUCAAAGAAGCUUCUUAGCAGCGAUCAUCCUUACAGUCCACCAGAACUUCAGUUUUAUACAAGUGUUGCUGCUAUUGCUGUUCAACUUCCUUUCUGGUUCUUUCUAGAGUGGCCUGGAGAAAUCAAGUUAACAGAGAAUAAAUAUUUGAUUUUUAUGUUUCUAUUGAAUGGAUUCAUGUUUUACAUGCAAAGCCUCACAGCAUUUGGAUUGAUGUCUCUUAUAUCCCCAGUUACAUUUAGUGUGUCGAACACAGUGAAGAGAGCCUUUCUAAUUUGGCUGUCUGUAUUGGUGUUUGGUAAUGAGGUCACUGCCCUCAGUGCUGUAGGAACUGUUAUGGUGACUUGUGGAGUCUUUCUUUACCAAAGAGCCAAGAAUCACCAGAAACAGCUCAAAGAAAAGGACAGAGAAGACAAGGAACAUGAAGAAGUCUAAACAAAUGCCUUUGGUGUCGCAUAAAGCAAUCAGGCAAUAUCAAUUUAAAGAGGCUGACAUUGCAGAGCAUCAGUCAGUCUGGCAGCUGAGAAUUUGUUUUAAAGACUUAUUGCGCGGUCAUGACUGUGCCGUAAAUGCAAAUCAAUAUAUGAUUGUGCGCAUUUGUGCAUAAGACUGUAGUCAGACAGCUAAACAUGCAGAGCUGUGGGUGAUCUCACAGCAGGUCUGCACUUGAUUGGACAUACAUGUACGCGACAAAAUUCUCAGCUGCAGAUAUGCCUUCUCUCAAGUAAAGGGAAACUGAAGUAAGUAAGCUUUGUCAGGUCUGGGUGUGAGGAGUGCUAAUACAUUACUCUGUUAAAAGGGGUUAAUGUGGGCAUGAGUGGAAUAAUGAAGUGACUCAUGGCAAAUAAUAAUGUUUACAUACUGUAAACCAGUAGACCCUCUCCAAGUUACCUUGUGUCUCUGUUUCAAAAAGAGUCUUUGUG